CGCCGUGCGUCCCUCUGGUCUGCCCGGGCCAGUGGUGUGCCCCGCGCCGCCGCGUCCUCACUCGUCCUCGCGGGCCGCGGGUGAUCCCGCCCCGGCUGGCUGCGACUGUUGCAGCAGAUCCCGCGCGCAGAGCUCCGCCAGGUGCCGUCUAGGCUAGGACGGCCCAGGACUGCACGGGUAUUCACGUAGAACGGCUCGGCGGCCAGCAGGAAGCGCCCGGGCGGGCAGGACUCGACUCCAGCAGAGCGUCAUGGUUUGCUAGUCACCCUCCCCGCCAGCUCCGCCAGCACCAGCCAGCGCUCCAGCUCAGCCCGGAGCAGGAGUGCCAGGACUGCCAGAGCCAGCCGCUGAGCUGAGCAUGGCCGAGGUGCCCAGCCCCGGGGGCCCCGGCCCCGGGUCCGCGUCCAGCCCCACAGGCGCCCCCGAGGCCGUGCCGCAGUGGAAGCGCGACCUGCUGGAGCGACGGCGGGCGUCCGGACGCAGCAUCUCGGCGUCCAGCAGCGGACUGGGCGUCGUGAGCCUGGGCCUAACCUGCCCCGGUGUAGUGGCGGCCGUCAGGCACCCCGGCCAGGGGCCUGCAGCUGCAGCGGGCCCCUCCGGCCCCUCCGCCUCCGACUUUCACCAGAGAGCGCGAGCGGGAGCGCGCUCGGCCCCCGAGUCCCCUGCCGAGCCCCCGCGGCCCCAGCCCGACCGGGACCGAGCGUCAGCGGCGGCAGCGGCCGAGUCAGUGCCCGUCGGAGUCCCAGUCGGCUUCGACGGUGGGAACAUGCGGCUUGUGGAGCAGCUGCAGCUUCAGCGCGACGACAUAACCUUCAAUGGACAGGACGAUUUGAAGCAACGGUUUAUAAACAUGGGCGAGGAGAAGAUGCUCCUGCCCCUAUCGGGGCCCAGGGCUCUGGCCCGUGUCCCCCGCGCAGCCAAGCAGUACCUGGCCAAGGUGGCGAACCAAAAGAAUGGCACGCCGACAGAAGAUGAAUGCAACUCAGACUCCAGUGAGGAACUGCAAUACGGACCGGGCAUCGUCAAGAAGCUCAAGAACAAGUACCUCACCAUGACCCUGAGGGAGAGUAGCUCCAGACCCUCCCUGUCCUGUAUGAGGAGGGCCACCAGCCUGGAAAACCUACUGGAUGAGGAGACAACUAUCAUCAAACCGACAGACACUAAGCCAGCCCAGUUUGUUAAGAGGGUAACAGGCAAUAACACAGUAAAAGUGGUCACUCAUCAGUCUCGCAGUGUAGAACCUUCCCAGCGAGACAUGAAGCGGGCACGUUCUAUGGAAACUUUAUUACGCUAUGAUCCAAAGUUGCAUACGAGCCAUUCAAAUUCAGGUCUCAAUGUGCAUCUUGAGGAUGCUGAAAAGGAUGAAAAUGACAGUGCUGUGAAUGAUAUCCGUGAACGCAGUUCUGUACAACACCGCAAAUCAACUGAAGGUGAAAAAGAAGAUCAAAUUUUGCUGAGAAAGAAACUUGCCAUCACAUUUGAAGAAACAGAACUGCCGCCUCCAGACCUUGUGAAACAAACUCUAAAAAUAUUUGAAUCAUCUGGGUCUCCAGGGUCAGCCUCACCCCCAGUGCCUCAAGCUCGUAAUUCUGUGAACAAGAAUGUUAAUUUUAAGACAAAUAAUGCCAAACCAGUGCCUAAAGUGAAAAAUUCUGUGUCAAAGAAACCUCAGGUAUCACCCAAACCAGUGUUCAGCCCUGAGAAACUUCGUUCCCCCAAAGUGGCAUCACCAAAGAAAAGUGUUGACGUUAGUGAUAAAGUGCCUAGUGACAGUGUCAGUGCCUCUGUACGUUCUGGACGUGGUGAUACGUCCCCAGUGCCAGUGAGCCCAGUGAGUCCCCUCAGCAGUCCGGUUACUCCACCUACUUCUGCUGUUACACCUAUUCAGGUUAGAAAUUCAACAAAGCGCAGUCCUCCAUCUCCAAGGAAAACGAUGGGUCUGCCUGUGCUAUCCCCUACGGAAGACAAACCACCACCAAUUCCUAGGAGAGACAAGUCACCCAGCUCAUCUGCCCCUGUCACUCCAGGUACUCCAGUUACACCAGUUACUCCGUUAACGCCGACCACACCUAUAUAUGGCAGCAGUAAUGGACGACCCGAGUCACUUGAUAUCAGGCCAAUCUACUCAGCGUCAGACAGUGAUGGCGAAAUUGAUGAUGUGGAUGCUGUUUCCUCAAAAUCUGUUUCAUCUUCAGCUCUAGAGAAUAUUCGAAAAGAUGGUACUUCUAUGCAGUUUAGCUUUGGAUCUACCAAAAGCCCAGCUAAUGAUACUGCUAAAUCUUACUUGCCUGGAGUGAAGCCAACUCCUCCUAAAGAUCUUCCUAUUCCACCUAAAUCAACACCAACAAAUUGUGUUCGUUCAGUAUCUCCAUUUGAAAGCCACAAUCAAGACCAUGCUACUCGACCUGGUUCAGUCAUAAAUGUAGCUUCUUUGCCUCAUGGGGCUGUUUUAAAAUCACCAGAAUCGCCAGUUCAACAUGCUAAGCAAGUUGGUGUUAUUAGGCCACUUGUUUCAACAAAGCAUCACUCUCCUCACAAUAUAUCUCCCACACCUGCCACUCCAACUACCUUAACAAACAGAGAAAUUGAGAAGAAUCUUAUAAAUCGGGCCAAGUCAAUUGAACAACCCGUAACAAAGGUUGUAGUAUCCUUGAAAAAGCUGCCUGAUGAUGUUGUUGUCGGGUCAGUGUCUCACAGUGCUUUAGCUUUUGCUGUAAAUGGUGACCAAGCUGGAAGCACUCCUGCACCAGUUGCCAGUAAGAGAGGACAAGCCCCUGGAUUAUGGGAUAAAAAACCAUGGCAUCAUCAAGACAACACCAUGGUGUUCAACUUCAGCAACCGCAAGGAGGUGCCAGAUUACAUCGAGAAUGAUGGACUUAUUCUACGCGGAAACAAGAGAGAAAAACAAAGGGACGGCGGCGGUGCUGGCGGCGUGCUCCUGCUCGGGGCGAGCGCCGGCGACGAGUCGUCCACGGACGGCGACAUGGGCGACGUGGACGAGUGGGGGCUGGUGUCGUGCGACCCGCCCUCGCCCUGCACGGUCGUGUUCGAGGGCAGCAACGUCAUCAUCAACGGCCGCAGCAACCUGCGCAAGCAGCAGUCACCCCGGCAGCCACGCAAGCUGCGCAUCCAGUUCAACGACGAGGCCACCACCAUGUUCGAGUACCCCUCGGAGGCCUCUCUGCUGGAGGACGGGGCCCACGGCGCCGCGCCCCCGCCCCCUCCCAGCGGCCCCGCCCCCGCGCCGCCGUCCUCCGCGCCCGCGCCCGGCCUGCCUGUGCCGCUAGGUAGCGGUAGUCUGGCUAGCUACACCCCCAGCAAGUUGCAGAUGGGAGUAAGUGAAACAUUCCAGCUUGGAGUUACAAGAGCACCAUCAUCAUCGUCACCUAGUUCCUCAUCCCCUGACGAUGCUGCUAGUGGGGCUUCAACUGCAUCAAGUGUUGAUACAAUAGAAGCAGAUCACUCUGACCUAGGAGACAGUGAUCAUUUGAAACCUGCAAGGGAAGGAGAAUCAGUGACAUGGAGUGAAGAGUCUGGGACUGACUUGCUUUUCUGAGAAUUGCUUGACUUGGUGAACAACAUGUAAAAUAAGGUUCACCAAGGGGAAUAUUGACGAGAGGGCAGUGCAUUGUUUCUGUGCAACAAAAGCUGUCAACUUUGCCAAGUACUGGACUGAAAAUAGUAGAAUUUUUCUAAUGCCCUCAAUGCAAUACCUGUAAGGAAUGUUCAAUUAGAUUGUUUGAAGAGACAUGUUCAUAGUCUUUUAUCCAAAGACUUUCCUUAUAAAUUCUUAUACAUUAAAAUGACGAGUGUUUUCCCACUUAAUUUUUUGUUUUGUGAAGUGAACGGUGAUGGACUGUUUUGAAAUAAACAAUGUAAUGUGAAAUUGCAAAUGUAUAAUGGGUGGCCGACCAGUCCCAAUGCAGCAAAAAGGUAUUCAAGCCUGCUUCCAGGUGUGCAGGUGGGUUUCAUAUGCUCAUGGAGGCAUAAAGCGCCAUGGUUAGUGAUAUGUAAAUCCGCCUGCUCGCCUGCAUGCAGACUAGUAUUGCCCCCGCUGGCCAGCCAACUUGUGCGUAAAGCUAUUUUAUUGUGUCACUGUAAUGUGAUGCAUAUCCAUGUAGUAUGAGUAAUUGUUUAAGAAAGCAUGCCGGAAAAUUCUGUAGUUUGGUUUCUGAUAUUAAUCUUUCAUUAAAAUCAUUAUUAAAGCAUUAUUUGAAUGUAAUGUCUGUUUCAUAAUUUAUAAUAACAACUUUACAUAUUGAUACAUGUAUACUGUUAGAGUUUAGAGUAUUUAUGCUUAUACUCUGAUAAUAUAUCUGUAUGAUUAUCAUUCUCUUUUCUUCAUAGGAGGGAAUGACUGAACUGUAUGAGUCCUACUCAGGAAUUUACAGCAAAAUACCUAGGAUGUUUUGUCCCUCUCAGAUUUUGUUUAUCUUCAUUCCGAAUUGCUUUCAUAAAUGUGUUCUUUUUCUCUUGCUCAACAUUCUUGAACAAAGAUCUUAACUUUUGAAAAUAACUUUACUGAUCAGCAUAGAUUUUGAAAUUUAGCUGUCAAUUGUUGCAAAAGCAGAGACUUUCCAUCACCUUUUAGUUAACAUUGGUGAUCUUUAGUAGUUUUUUUUCUCUUUUAUCUAUCAAUCAUCCCUAUGAAAUAGUUUAGCCCAAUAAUAGAAAACUUGAGUCUGAGAAAUCUACUGAAAUUUGUGCAACGACUUACAAGUAAUUUAAUGACAAGUCCUUAGCUGCUUGUGCCUCCAUAAGUACUAAGCUGCUGCAAUAACCCUUCGAUCAAUAUUCUCUUUGUGUAAAUAUUGAAUAAGAAAAAAUAUUAUUAAAACUAUUUGAUGUAAAUUCAUGGUGUGUUUGCAUGCUUGAUUGAAACUUCAUCAGCUGAUUACUUUUUAGGUGAAGUUCAUCACAUUUAGUUACAUCCAUAUGUACAGAUGUUAAAUAAAUCAAUUUAGUUGUAUGAAAGGCUGUUAACUGUAUGCUUUAAAAAAAAAAAAUACAGAUUCCAGUAAAACUUCAUAGUGAAAGUACAGUUUUAAGGAAUUGCCAUAAACAAUAUUUAAAGUUUCUCUACAGAGUGAGGUAACUAUGUUCUCGCUGCCAAAAUUAUGUUAGUUUAUGUGUUAGUCCCUCUUCUGUUUCAUGUGUUAAAAGACAAGUUUCAAACAAUGUAUUGGAGAGUUCUACAAUGUGAUUGUACUGUUGUUCUGUGGACUCUAUUUGAAACUUCGAAUUGUGAUAGUUAGGGAAAAAGAAUUUCCUUUUUUGGAUCAAAAGUGAGGAUACAUAUUUUUCAUUAAGGAUUUCUUCCCUAGCAUAGUGUGAUUGUAUGGCAUGAUUUAUACUAUUGUGGGUCCAAGUCUGUACUGAUAGCAAAUAUCAUUGUAAGUCAAUUUACAUUCCAAUGCCAAUAUGGAUUAUAUCCACAGUAAAAUUAAAGCUGCCACCCCAAAUAUCAACUUUCUUAGUAUUGUUGAUAAAAUCGAUUUUCAGGUACACAAUUAAAAGCAUGGCUUUUCUAAUAUCAAGAAUUAAAUAGGUAGUCAAACAUUUUAUUCAAAUCAGCAUUAUGAUGGGACAUGAAGAAUGUUACAAAUAAGUAUUUAUCUUACUCAUUAGACACCUUUUAUAAUUCGGAGCUACUUACUGUAAUGUGAAUAUUCCGUUAUCUAGUCAUUAGUGGUUAUAGUAUGACGAUUAAAGGCUAGUGUCAAUCUGCCACAGACAAAGUUUUAUUUUAUGCAUUUAACAAGUAGAGGUGUUUUCCAAAGAAUCACAUGCUGUGCCUUUAUGUUCUAAAUAUAACAGUUUUGUAAUCUUCACCUUCCUUUCUUCCACAUUUCUGUAGAUUCUGCUCAUUAAAAGAAACAAAAAACAACCAGCUCAAUGUCAUUAUGUAGGUUCUGUAUUCUCUGUUAUUGUGAAGAUUUUAAAUAUUAUAAUCCAUCCUUAAUUUUUACUCCUUGUUUUUUUAUAAAUGGAGCCCAACUCUCCUUCAGUGUAAAUUGUGUUAAAUUCUCUUGUAAUAUAGAAGUUUAUGUGAAAAAGGAAUUUGUAGGAUAACAUUCACAUUGUUGUAUUUGUACUCCUAUACAUAUUCAUGUGUGUGAAAUAAAGAGACUAUUGCAAAAAAUAAUAAAGUGCUCUGAAAGAAAAA